UACUGCUAAACAACAAGCACAAGGUUUGUUUCGGGUUUAAUUCCUUAUAUCAGUUUGUCACUAAAAAUGGGAAGGAUGCCAUGCUGUGAGAAGGGAGGGUUGAAGAAAGGACUAUGGACACCCGAAGAAGAUAAGAAGCUCGUUGCUUAUGUUGAAAAGCAUGGCCAUGGAAACUGGCGUUCAGUGCCUGACAAAGCAGGUCUUGAAAGAUGUGGAAAGAGUUGCAGAUUGAGGUGGAUUAACUACCUCAAGCCAGAUAUAAAACGAGGAAACUUCAGCAUGGAGGAAGACCACACCAUUAUUCAACUUCAUGCUCUUCUGGGAAACAAAUGGUCAAUCAUAGCAGCUCACUUGCCCAGGAGAACAGAUAAUGAGAUCAAGAACUACUGGAACACCAACGUCAAGAAAAGACUUAUCAGAAUGGGCUUAGAUCCCGUUACUCACAAACCAAUAAAACCCAAUACGUUUGAACGCUAUGGUGGUGGCCAUGGCCAGUUCAAGAACACCAUCAAUACCAACCACGUGGCUCAAUGGGAGAGUGCUCGAAUGGAAGCCGAAGCAAGAGGAUCCGUGUUGCAAGUUGGAUCUCACUCCUCACAUCAACCUCAGCUAGUCUUAAGCAAAAUCCCAACUCAACCUUGUCCUUCAUCAUCAGAUUCAGUAUCAACCAAACACAACACAGUGUAUAACAUGUAUGCCCUCGUGCUUGCCACAAAUCAUGACCCUUUAUGGCCAGUAUCCCCGUUGAGCAUCCCCGGUUGGAAGGUUCCUGCAGUCUCUACCAAUGUUGGACAAUUCACCAACACGGGAAGCUCACUCUCUUAUGAGAGUGAUGUUAACGUCACCGAAACUAAUAGUCAAAUUCAAAAGAUACCAGAAAAUUACUUGUCAAACUUACAAGAUGAAGAUAUUAUGGUGGCUGUGGAAGCCUUUAGAACAAUAAGAUGUGAGAGUAUUCUAGAAUUGUUUAGGGGGUCGAAUGACAUGGAAGGCCUCAAUAAACAAUCAUUCUUUUGAAAGAGAUUUGGAGAAGAGUAUGAAAAUGGAAAGUGCAAUUUGCAUAAUUUGCUUGUUAGUUGUAAUAAUAGUGAGUGAUUUUGUAACUUGUCCUUCUCGGGGUUUUCAAUUUCAUAUUGGGUUGGGUGUCUCAUUUUGUGUGUCUCGGAAAGCCAUCUGAAGAAAGAGAUGUGACCAUAGUUUUCAAUCUAUCAACUAUGUAGUCCUAUAUCAAUGUCCCAAGUAUGCGGGGUACAGAUUUAGAUCCAUUUUGAAAGAAAAAAAUUACCUACCUGACAGAUUCUGUUAACUUACCUGUUUUCUACAAUUCGGAUGAAUUAAU